GCGCCGCCACGCGGCUCUGCUGUGCCCGGAGGGCUCCGGGAAGCGCCGGACGGCUGCGAGAAGUUGGGCGCUCUCCUAUCUUCCCAAACGUGCCUUUGUGCCUUUGAUUUUUGCAAGGGUGACAGCGCUGAUGGACGCGUGUGGUGUUAAUUGAGGUUGCCAUGGGAGGCGUGCACGUAGCGUAGAUGUGCUUCCUUCUUGCCGUGUGAUUUCGCUUUUGUAUUCUUCCUCUUGUAUUCGGCGUUUUGCAUAUUGUCAGCUGGUGCAUUAAAAAUAAAAUAUCAGCGGUCUUGGGGUGUGAUUUCCCGGGCUGCAAAUUGUGAGUGCAUAGAGAGUGGUGGGGGAAGAUGGAGCCAAGUGUAGGAGCAGGAAAUAUAUGCUCGUGUGAGUAAUAUAGAUUUGUCAUAAUAUGAGCAAUUAGAAAAAAAAUACAGCCACUUCUGCCAUGCAAAGUAGUGUUUUCUGUGUUGGAACAGAGCUAAGUUGGCAUAAUAGUGGCUUUAUUUUGCCUUUGGAUAUUGGUAUCCGGAGGUAGAAUUGCUUUUCUGUCCCUUGUCUGCAUCCCGGGGUGAAAUAUUCUGCUCAGAAUUACUUCUCAAUCCUUUGAUAUUUGCUCUGUGCUUCUUACCACUUGUUCAUUGCGUUGCAGGUCAGAGCUGGGAGCAUCAAGCACCAUCAGAGGCAAACCUCACCCAACCCGUGUCAGGAGCUGAUCAGAAUCCAAGGCACAGCAGCAGCUGAGCUGGCACUGGGAGGCAGAACACCUCCACUCACUGCCUCCACGUUGCUUCAAGCAAGUUCCUCAUGCCCCUCAAACUGUCCACGGGCUGAAUAAAAGUUGUUAACUCUUGGCUUGACUUGUCAUCCUUUGGGGGAGUAAAACUGAGGUCAGACUGUCCAUUCAGUGGUGUACUGUUAGAGGAGCACGACCUGAAGUGGGGUAUCACAGAGGUGACUCUGAGAGUGACUCUGGUACUUCAAGUCUGCCUGGGACUCCUUGGAGAGGCAAUAAGGAGAGUAAGAAGAUGCAGUGGAAGUUAUAAAGUGGAUGCAAUAGCUUCAUUGGAACAGCUCUGCACAUUGCCACGUCUGCUUGUUAAGAAGCAACUACUGUUGUUUUGAGGACAAUUUGGGGAAAAAGCCAUUUGAGCAUCUCUGCAGCUUUUAUGCAUUAAUCAAGAAAGGCAAUACACAGACGAAGGAGAGGUGCAAAUAUGGCAAAGGCUGCUAAGGAGAUACAAAUGGAGAACCCGAGCGAGCUGGAGACUCCUAGCGCAGGGACACCAUGCCCCCCAUUGGAAGAACAGGCAGAAAAACCCUCCAUGCUCUGUUUUAAGAAGCGGAAGAAGUCCUGUAAGAAGGGGCUGACAACUAAGGAUGCACGUGAGGGAGCUUCUGGAACCUCGAAGGAGAAAAAUCAAUGCAUCAGCACAGACCCAGGGGAGGCAAAAACUUCUGCUCAAUUGCGACCCUCCAGAGGAGCGUGGGCAGCCCUCAAAAGUCUCACAAAACCUCGGAGAGGGCAGAAAUCCUCUUCACGGAAGAAGGUGUCUUCUGAUUCUCAGGUGCAGCUGGAGAUGGAUGCAGAGGAGAGCUGUGCACAAGGUCUUCCAAGGAAAAAGGCCAGCACAGGGGUGAAGAUGCCCUGUGUGCGCUUCUUGAGAGGCAAGAAAAAGGCCAGCCCCACAGAGGUGGUGGAGGAGUCAGAGGACAGUGUCCAAGCAAAUGAAGUGAUGGGCAUUUUGAAUAAAGCCAUUGAAGAGCUGGAGGACAUGGCCCCAGCAGAGCCCUGCGACAAGGCUGAGUCCCUCAGUCCACUCCCUGCAGAGGACAUGGCCCCAGCAGAGCCCUGCGACAAGGCUGAGUCCCUCAGUCCACUCCCUGCAGAGGACAUGGCCCCCGUACAGCCUUGCAACAAGGCUGAGUCCCUCAGUCCACUCCCUGCAGAGGACACGGCCCCAGCAGAGCCCUGUAACAAUGCUGAGUCCCUCAGCCCCCUCCUUGCAGAGGACAUGGCCCCAGCAGAGCCCUGCGACAAGGUUGAGUCCCUCAGCUCCCUCCUUGCAGAGGACGUGGCCCCAGCAGAGCCUUGUGACAAGGCUGAGUCCCUCAGCCCACUCUCUGCAGAUGUCGCCCCAGCAGAGCCCUGUGGCAGUGCUGUAGCCCUAAGCCUGCUACCUGCAGAGGACACAGCCCCAGCAGAGUCCUGUGACAAGGCUGAAGCCCUACGCCCGCUGCCUGCAGAGGACCAGCACAUAUCAGCAGAGGGUGCCGAUGCCAAAGAGAGGAGUGAGCCCUCGGGAGAGGGCAGACCUGAAGUGGAUGAACACACAGAGUGCAUCGCUCAGUCAGAAAUAACCAGUUUGGAGCCUGUCAAUGAACCUGUGCAGGAAAAGCUGCCUGAGGGGAGUCAAUCUACAGCUCAAGUGGAAGAGAGGGAAGUCACUCCCGAAGCGCCGGUUUCCACAGAUCAACCCAAUGGCACCCCUGAAAUCACCGAGGUGCAGGAAAUAGCCACAAUCUGCAAGGAGCUUCCUGAAAGGGAUGAGUCAGAGAGGAACACUGAUCUCCCCAAGGAGGGCAAAUCUGAGGAGACCACAAUGGAUUUCAGUCCAUCAGUGUCUAAGGACGAUGCAAUGAGUGUGCAGAGCAGCUCCAGCCAUCAGGAGAAACCUGAAGUCAACAUGGGCACCGGCGUUGGCAUCGUCAUCACCAUCACUGAAGCUGUGGACUCUGAUGACACCGAUUCUGACCAGACCUAUGAGCCAUCCCCAGUUUUACACCACAAGAAGCAAAAAGGGAAUAAAAAAUCCAGUGGGAGCUUUGAUUUUGGUCAAAAAGAAGGCCCUGGGGCUGGCAGUGAUGCUAUGGUGGAAGAGAAAGGUCUGGGCGAGCAGGGGCACAGGACUUCGGAUCAGUACGAGUUGCUCCUCAUAGAAACAGCAUCUUCCCUUGUGAAGGCGGCCAUCCAGUCAUCCAUAGAGCAGCUGGUCAACGAGAUGGCUCUGGAACAGAAUAAACACAACAGUUUUCUGUGAGGGUGACGAUGCCCCCAGAUUAGGGUGAUUCCAAGCUACUUUGGCCUGAGGAGGGGAGCAAGAGAGCUCUGGAGGCCACUGCUUAGUUAACUCUGCAUGCCCGUGAAGUUGUGUGUGUGUUCAGUGUAUGAAACUGGUGCUGGGGCAUGGGACAGGCCCUGCUGAGCACAGCGAGUGCACUAGGCCUGGCUGCAGGAAAGUGCAAAUGUUGCAGUGUUUUCAUUUACUAGCAUCUUUAUGUUGAGACCAUAUUUCUGCUGUCUUCCAUUCCAGACUUCCCUGCUGUUAGUGGUUUAAACGUUAAUGUGCUUUUAGGAAGAGACCCCACAGGCAGCUAGAAACCUCCUGCCACUGGGUUCGGUUCAGUGAGUGUUGAGCACGGCUGGAGGUUUGCUCAGUGGGUACAAGGGAGGGAGAAGGGGCUGAGAUGUGCAAUCAGUCGCAUCAAUGCCAAGCAGUUAGCACUGCAUUCGGAGGUAUAGGAAACCAUGGUCUGAAGUCGCAUUAGGUGGAACUGGGUGAAUGCAGUGAGCAGCAGAGUUUGGCCAGCCUAAGGCCCCAGCCUACUCCUCCAGCCUAUUCCCUUGUCAGAAGCAGCCUGUGUAUCACCCAUCCCACUGCAGUACAGCAUCAGCUCUCCUUGCUGACUUCAGGCUGCACAAACACCAAGAGCAUGCCUUCACUUUGUCUGCUGGGGCCCAUUGCACUGCUAAGCACAGGUCUCCCCAUGGUGUAGUGAUGAGGGCAGGCUGGAGCAUACUGGCCACAGGGAGCCCCUGGCCUUGCCUUUUGUCUGCAAAGGUGAAACUUCCCUUGGAUAUGAUGUUGUUUUUUUUUUUUAAUGUAUGGCAUGUAAUAUAAAUAGCAGUGUGCUGCAUGCAGUGAACUCUUGCCUCAGUGUUGAAAUCGCGUGGUAGCAAGGAUGUGCUGCAGGCCAUGGAAUUGCUCCAUGUUGGGAGGGGAUUUGGUCGCUGGGUGUGUCCAUGUGUCCAUCCAUCCCUUCACUUCGCAGAGACCCCCGGCAGAAAUCCCAGCUGGCUCCAUGGUAGCCAGUCCAAAACGCACCCUGAACACCGGAGCUAUCACACCAAAGUCCUCAGGGAAAACCCAGACAUGAGGGCUGGGAACACUGCCACAAAACACCCAGACAGGCUGACUGCUGUCAGAAAAAUACAAAGUGCUCUGUUAAGGAGGUGUGCAUGCAGCGUGUGCACACACGUGAUGUAUGCGGGUCCACAUCGCCUCUCACUGCCAGCCCUCUGGAAGAAAGGGGCCUUUUGAUAAUUUAGGAUUGCAGCUGCGCGGUUGGGAUUUACACACUGCUGCAUGAAAGUCUGCCUUUUCUGCUGAGAAAGUUCUCCUGCCCCAUUCUCAGCCUGUACAGAAAUAGCAGCCUCCCCUGGCAACUGCUCAGUGACCACAGUGGGGACACAGAGGUUUUCUGCUCGGCGCUGUUAGAACACCAGGGCUCACAACUCUCCAAGAACCUGGUGCACAACCGUGUUUUGAACUUUGAGAAAGGAUCUCUGCUGCUGCGAGAAAAGUACCAGCAGUGAGUGCCAUGGUGUCUUUCUGUGCACGUUAAACUUGGAAAAAAUCAGACUGACUUUUUUUUUCUGUGAAUUUAUUUAACGUUAUCAAUAAUUCAGUGUGUAUAUUAAUGGCUUUGCACUUCCUAUUGUUCCUUUCAGGCAUUUUGCCAUCAUUUUGAAAGGGGCUUUCUAAGGACUGUGUAUAGCUUUGGAGCUGCUGCAUCACCUGGGAAGAGCGGCGCUUAUGCUGGAGCUGUGCUGUGUGUGGGCUGUGUGGGCACCGGGAUGGGUUGGUGCCAAUGGAACGGCUGCAGCAUCUCCAUGCCUUGGAUGCAGGGGCACCCCUGAGUUCUCGGUAGGAGAUGCCAGAACCCCUGGGCGUGGCCAGGCACUUGUCUUCUAUCCAUGUGCUGAGCAGUUGGGGAGGACUUAAUGCUACAUCAAAACAAAAUAGUCCAUUGCAGGAGGAGGCACUCCUUGCAGUGGAGAGACCUGUAUUGUACAGGUCCAGCCCAAAGCCUGCAGGACUGGCAACUGCUCUGUACCCAGGUCUGUGUUUGCAUCCUUUUCAUGGCUGUUUUCCCUCUGUUCCACCCAUACAUGUAACUUGCAAUUAGUUCAUUAAAGUUGAGUGUACCUCUUGUUUUCUUGA